CAGCCCGGCCCCUCCUCACACCAGCACAUAAACACCGCCUGGGCCGCUGCCAUCCCCGUCCCAGCUCUCCGGGAGGCUGACAGAUCCGAGAUGAGGCUGAAGCCGCUCGUCGUGACGGUGGUGUUGGCCGCAGCGGUCUCCUACUACGUUUACACGCCGCUGCCCGCCGCCAUCCAGGAGCCCUGGAAGCUGAUGAUGGUGGACGCCGCCUUCAGGUCUGCCAUGCAUCUGGCCAUGGUGAAGAGCUGGCUGGGUCUCGAUCAUUACAUCCCCACAGUCAGACAGUCAAUAGAGGACUUUGAGAAGAUAAUGCAGACGGGCUCUAACGGGGGCGUCAUCCCAGGGGUGAAGGUUAGCGACAUCACAUUCGCUGGCGUCCCGGUGAGAGUGUACGAGCCCCCGGCCGGAGGAGAGGGUCACCUGAGGAGAGGGCUGAUGUUCUUUCACGGAGGUGGCUGGGCCCUCGGCAGCGGCAAGACGGGGACAUACGACACCAUCACCCGCAUGGUCUCAGAUGAGCUCAACGCCGUUGUGGCCACAGUCGAUUAUCGUAUGUAUCCGGAGGUUCAGUUUCCGGAGCCCUACCUGGACUGCCUCGCUGCUGCCAAGCACUUCUUAUCGUCGGAGGUCCUGGCGAAGUACGCCAUCGACCCUGAACGCGUGGCCGUGUCAGGAGACAGCGCCGGGGGAAAUCUGGCUGCUGCAGUCGCUCAGGAGAUUUCUACGGACGACAGCAUGAGUGUUAAAUUCAGUGUCCAGGCUCUGGUCUACCCGGUGCUGCAGGCUCUGGAUUUCCACACCCCGUCCUACGUGCAGAACCAGCACAUGGCCAUCCUCUCCCGGCCCCUCAUGGUGCUGUUCUGGCUGCAGUACCUCAGCGCCGACCCCUCCCUGAGGUGGCAGGUGACGGCCAACAACCACAGCGCUCUGCGACACUCGGCCAUCACGCCGGAGCUGAGGUCGCGGCUGGACUGGACCGCCCUGCUCCCGCAGGAGUUCAAGCAGAACCACAAGCCCGUCGUCGUGGAGGACGGAUCUCACGCCAUUCUGAAGAAGGUGCCGGGGUUCCUGGACACGAGGGCCGCGCCGCUUUUGGCCGAGGCCGAGGUGUUGGCCAAAUGCCCGCGCGCGUACAUCCUGACCGGCGAGUACGACGUGUUGAGGGACGACGGGCUGAUGUACGCUCGGCGCCUGCGGGACGCGGGGGUCUCCGUUACCAGCGACCACUACGAGGACGGUUUCCACGGAUGUUUUAACCUCAUAGCCUGGCCGAUGGACUUUGAAAUAGGGAGGAGGACAGUCAGGAACUACAUCAACUGGCUGCAGAACAACUUGUAAGAGCACGUCUGGAGCUGGCGCCGCACGAGUCUGUGUUUCAUGCUACUGCUCUAAGAUUUAGUGAAAAACAGACCUGCUAAAGGGCUUGUAAAUAUCCCCCAACAUCUGCGCUCAGGGCCUCCAUCCGCCUGCACAUCCUCUCUCAGCACAUAUCACGUUAUACAAGUCAUUUAGAAGCUGUCAGCGUCUGCCGGCACUAACAACGCAGCCCACCCUGUCACCAUGCAUCAAAAACGCUUUCACAGCCUCGGGCUUUUUGCACAUUAUUAUUUUCACACGGAGGCGCCACAUCAGCUCAAGUCCACACUAUGAUGAGAUUUGUUUUUACAGGAGAUGGAAUUGAUUUUUACAGUUUCAAAUAAAAGCAUUACGGCCACCAGCCAGACAUUGG